CGGAGGAGCUGGUACGCGAGUCUAACGCGCUGCACUUUUGUUGUUUGUUUUUGUACUGUUGUAGUGUUUAUUUUCCCCACGCGUACUUAAUGAAGGAUGAGAAACCCACUUCCGUGAAGGUUUUUUUUUUUUCUCAAGUGCACGAGUCGUGACUACUAAAGACCGCGCAAACUUAGACGAGCUCACUUUGGUGAAGCGGGACAGAGGAGAGGACCGAGCCAGCAAGUCCUGCUGCUUACACACAGUGUGACGGAGAGAGGAGCUGCAUGAAGUGCUGACCGUCUCUGUGAAUACAUCUGGGUCAAAUGGAAGGAUCUAUUAAACAGUUUUAUUCAUUUUGAAUAAUAAAAAAAACGGACAUCUGCAAGAUCAAUAACUUAAAGCGGAGUUGAAUUACUUCUCGUGAAACACGAAAUGAUUUGAAAACAUAACGGAACAGCUACUCUGAGCCCUUGACAUGGACGCAUGAUUGGCCAGCUCUCGCCCUGACGCCAAUGGCGAGGCUCGCGCGGUCAUCCCGGGGCGCCGGCUCGAACCCUUGGCCGCUCGCCUGCGCGCUCCUGUUUUUCGGCACUUAUGUGUGUGCGGGUCCGUCGUCGAAUCGCGCGAGGGGACGUCUCGUCUGCUGGCAGGCUAUUAUGAACUGCCAGGCAGAGCCUGAGUGCCACUAUGCAUACGGACAGUACGUGCGUGCGUGCGACCCAGUGUUGAGCGGCCGGCGGCGCUCUUGCCCCAGCCACUGCAUCGCAUCACUUGUGCAACUCAACCAGACUAAAAGCGGGCCUGCGCUGGAGGACUGCAGCUGCGCAGAAGAUCAUUUGUGUAGAGACACCAAGCGCGCAAUCGAGCCGUGCCUGCCCCGGACCAGCAGUAUGGGCUGCACGGAGGCGCGGCGGCAGUGCGAGCGCGACGGUCCGUGCCGUGCAGCGAUGGGUGACUACCUGCAGCACUGUGGGAAACUUUUCAGCGGCGCCACGUGCACGAACGCGUGCCGCGGCGUCAUCGCGCAUAUGCGUCGCCUGCCCAAGGCACAGCAGCUCGACACGUGCAUUUGUGACGGCGCUGAACGUACCAUUUGCGAAUACGUCAAAGUGAGCAUGCACACGCUGUGCUUCGGCAUGCCGCCCGUGGUAGAUAAUGAUGGAUCCGGGGCCUUUAACGAUGAUUACGAGGAUGAGGAGGAUGAUGGAGAGUACGGGUUAGAGAACAGCCCGAGAAGCUCGGGGACGCGCGUGCAGUACCUGAGGGCUCUUCCCGUGCUUGCACCAGUCUUGGUAUUGUUACGGUUUUAAUGAUAAAUACAAAGCAAUGCAGCGUUCAAUGCAUUAGACUUUUGCUUACACCUGAUCAGCAGCCGUUUAAACUUAUCCCGUUCUAAAGAGUACGAAAUGUACCUUUGGGUGACGUUCAAGUCCUUUUAUGGCAUUGCAUUCACCUUUGAUUUUCUAUGCAAAUGCACUGUUCAUGAAUUGAAAUGGACAUCGGGAACCAUGGCACCAUAUUUAUUUCUGGCCAAGAUCUCUACCUGGAUGUCACAGAAGUCCCCAAAUAAAUCAGAUCUAAACUCAGUCUGACACUACUGCCUUAAAACGAGACUGCCCAUGUAGAAAUACUACUCAGACAUUGUCCAGCAACACUUGUUGACAGAAAGGGCAAUAUGUAUGUACACAAGAAAAAAAAAUUGUUACCUAGAGGUUUAACAAUGCAAAGGUUUUAGCAGAGAGCUUUGCACUGCCAUUAUACAACUACACUGCAAAAUCUCUUAUGUUAAAUGAAUUCAGAAGUGUUGGACUUUUAUUGACACUGCAGGUGUUGAUUCAGCACUGUGGGUGUUAUUUAAAACAUCAGGGCUUUUGCUGUGUAGCUAUGUAAGCUAUUUUAUAUAAAGUUGUGAUUGACCGAGAGGCUGAAUAACAUUUCUAUUAGGAACGUGUUUGGAAAGUUUCUGGCAUGCUGGAAUAAAUUAAAGAAGGUUGAAUGUUGGAUCAUUUGCUCAAACGGACUGGAUACAAGCAUUUUCAUAGCCUAUAUUUGCAUCACAGAAUAGAACGCAAUAUUUUGUAUCAUAAGAUGUCUAUGAAAACGAAGCAUGAGUCCAGCUUUAAAGGGAAGUUGGUUAUUUUUUGAACUGGUUUUCCUUUUAAAAUACUGUACAGUGUAAAUAGAUUUUCAGAGAAAUAUAAGUUGUCCUAUCUGAGAUGAAUUAUGAACUGUAGAAAAUGUCUAAAUCCACUGUAUGACUGCCUCAGUGAUGUACUUUUUAUAGAAGGCAUAAAAACAAAAGUACCAAAACUAAAAA